AUGAGUCGGCCAUUGCAUCUGGACACCCAGAAUGGACAGGGCCAUAAUCCACGAUAUUCGUUCAUGGAAACUCCACUUGAAAUGAGCCCUCCGUCCGAUAUCCAGUUCCCAACUUCACAAGCCCCCGUGCCGGCAGACUCGUCGAGCUCGGCGCCGCAGCAGCAAGCGGCGACCGAGCAGCCGAGGGAUGCACAGCACCAAUCGACACAGUACUUUCCCAAUGAAAAAGAACAGCAUUUGCAACAGGAGGGCAUGAUUCCCACGUUUUCGAAAUAUCCACCGCCAGACCAACAUCCGGCUCACUUUGCUCCUUACGCGGAGCCUACUCAGUCGUCGCACGAGAUCCAAACAAUAAUUCAAUCGCCUAUGCAAUCACCCAUGCAGUCGCCGCUACACUCUCCGCUUCAUUCACCACAGUAUCCUCAGCAAUCAUAUCAGUAUCAGUAUCAGUACCAGCAGAUGUAUCAGCAGCAACAACUCCAACUGCAACAGCAGCAUCAGCAGCAACAAACAUAUCAACAGUGGUACCAGCAGAAUUACCAACAACAGGUUUAUCACCAACAACAUCAGCAGGCAUAUCAUCAGCCACAAUCACAGCUCCCCCAAGAAGCAUCCCAAGAUAUACCCUUAGAGACAUAUGAUGUACCUCCAAGCUCCCCAGGGCCUCUACCGGUGAAGACAAACCCUGAUGCUCCUACAAGAAGCGAUACCAUGACAGUCGCACCCGAUGUCAAUCCAUUGCAAUCGCCUAAACUAUCAUAUUUUCCACCCGCAGCUGCCUCAUCUCCAGCGCCCGUGGUAGACGACUUGAGUACAGCCCACCAACCUGGCCAAAUCAUGCACCCAAACCAAGAAGUUAUAGGCGGAGGAUGGACCAACGGGUUAUGCGACUGUUCAAGCAACUUUGCAGCAUGCUUCAUGGGCAUCUUCUGUCCCUGUAUUCUCUAUGGAAAAACCCAGUAUCGCCUCAACAGGAAGUCCAAGGGAGAAGACCCGACCAACAUGUUAGGAUACGAGUCUUGCAAUGGAUCCUGCACAGGAAUGGCGCUCUUAUGUGGCUGCCAGUGCAUUCUUACUGCUCUUCAGCGCAGAACAACACGCAAAGCCUAUGGGAUUGCUGGAGACUGUGGCUCGGACUGUGUACGGUCUACUUGCUGCUGUUGCUGCACUCUCAUUCAGAACGAGAAGGAAAUUCAAAAGCGGGAGGAACACCGGAACCGUGCUGCUAUAGAACGAGGCGCGACCUUGUCACCUUACAUGGCCCCUGGUCCAAUGUCAUACCCCCCACCACACAAGUAA